GGUCACGCAGCCUCUCUGCAUUCAGAGGACUGUGUAGGGGGAGAACAGCUGAGCUGCACAGUGAUACCAACAAGAAACAGCUCAGCUGGGACAACUUUUCAUAGGAAAACAAAGGAAGGCCCGAGAAAAUGAGCCAGGGUCUGUACAUAAAAAGCCAGCAGCAACAAGAGGAAGAGGAAGACGACGAGGAGGAUGGCAUAGCAGGAGCAUCAGAUUAUGAGGAUGGACACCCUUUCAUGGAAGGAGACUUUGGCAGCGAAGAAGAAGAGGUUUUAGAUUUCACUGAUCCCUUCAGCACCGAAGUGAAGCCAAGAAUCCUUUUAAUGGGAUUACGAAGAAGUGGGAAAUCCUCUAUACAGAAAGUAGUGUUUCAUAAGAUGUCCCCAAAUGAAACUCUUUUUCUGGAAAGUACCAACAAAAUUUGUCGGGAAGAUGUCUCCAACAGCUCCUUCGUAAACUUUCAAAUUUGGGAUUUUCCAGGCCAGAUUGACUUCUUUGAUCCAACAUUUGACUAUGAAAUGAUAUUUAGAGGAACAGGGGCACUGAUCUUUGUCAUCGACUCACAGGAUGAUUAUAUGGAAGCUCUUGCUAGAUUGCAUCUUACUGUGACCAGCGCAUACAAAGUCAAUCCUGACAUUAACUUUGAGGUUUUUAUUCACAAAGUAGAUGGUCUGUCAGAUGAUCACAAAAUAGAAACUCAAAGAGAUAUACAUCAGAGGGCAAAUGAUGAUCUCACUGAUGCUGGACUAGAGAAAAUACACCUCAGCUUUUAUCUUACUAGUAUAUAUGAUCAUUCGAUCUUUGAGGCUUUCAGCAAAGUUGUACAAAAACUAAUUCCACAACUUCCAACAUUGGAAAACUUGCUGAACAUAUUUAUAUCCAAUUCUGGGAUUGAGAAAGCAUUCCUGUUUGAUGUAGUUAGCAAAAUCUACAUCGCAACAGACAGUACCCCUGUGGAUAUGCAGACCUAUGAAUUGUGCUGUGACAUGAUUGAUGUAGUCAUUGAUAUCUCUUGUAUUUAUGGGUUGAAAGGAGCGGGCACACCUUAUGAUAAAGAAUCGCUGGCAAUUAUAAAAUUAAAUAAUACCACCAUUUUGUAUUUAAAGGAAGUGACAAAAUUCCUAGCUCUUGUAUGUUUUGUGAGAGAGGAGAGUUUUGAAAGAAAAGGUUUAAUAGAUUACAAUUUCCAUUGCUUUCGUAAGGCAAUUCAAGAAGUGUUUGAGGUAAGGGUGAAAGUGCUCAGAUCUCGCAAACAACUUAGUCAAAUACGAAAAAGCAGAAGAGCCGCCUCCAAUGGCCGGCCAAGAGUUCCGAUGUAACGAUGAAUCAUUUGAAAGAAGAGCUAGUACUGUUGGGAUUCAGCUUUUCUUCUUCUUCAUAUUGUGCGUGCCUGAACAUAAUUCUAUUCCUCAAGAGUGAUUAUAAGAAACUUUACCUUAUAGACAAUCAUGGUCAUCUGUCCUAUGAUGAAAACAUCAAACAAAAGUCUAGUGUUAAUAAUAUAUUUACCUGGGAGAUUACACUAUGCUAUCAUAUAGAAUAAGAGAAAGAUUUCAUCUAAUGAUAUUUCAUCUAAUGAUAAUUCAUCUAAUGAUAGUAAUUGUGGUCACACAGAAAUCCAGCGGGUUUGGAUCUCUGCCGACAGUUCUGUAACUUGCGGUAAUUUGUGGGCUGCAGUGUCACCAAAUUAGUUGCAAUGUAGCGCAACAUUGAGGUCUUAUGUCAGGUGGAUAAAAGUAGCCUUAAAGGGGUUGUCUGGGUAAAAAAAAAAUUUAAAAUCUGGUCAUGGAGGAGUUAAGUAAAAAAAGAACCAUCUAUUACCUUCCUCACACCAAUGGCACCGCAAGAAUAACAGAGCUUUGUUUCCUGCUGUCCAGUGUGUCUGGGCUUGGUGACGUGACGUCACACACUCACUCAUCCAAUCAGCGGCCACAGUGGUGUCCCGCCUCUGCCACUGA